AUGGAAUGCCCAAGGACUGUUAAAAUAGUUAUGCUUCAAGUUGGCAAUCCAUUUGUUCCAGCGUCUACUGCAAUAAAUGUUGACCUUGUUGAAAACUUCAGAGCAAGACUACUGGAAGACCGUGUUUCCGUUGACAUACGCCAAAUGCUUGCCAAUUUAUCAGAAAAUUCACCUGAGCCUUGCAUUUUCAAAGUACCUAAUUAUAUUCGUCAGGAAAACGAGAAGGCGUACGAACCACAGGUAAUUUCCAUCGGUCCAUAUCACCGGGGCAAGGAUCACUUAAAAGCAAUGGAAGAGCAAAAGCUCCGCAUUCUUCAAAAGCUUCUUGAAGAAAGAAAAGGGAUUGGUCUUUUAGCAUAUGUCAGGAAAAUGAGCGAAUUAGAAGAUCAAGCUCGCAAAUGCUAUGCAGAAAAUGUGAGGGAUCUUGACGCAGAAGAUUUAGUUAAAGUGUUGCUCCUUGAUGGUGUCUUUAUUGUCCAGCUAAUUCGCACGAGUUUUGAGGGGUGGCCAAAUUAUUUAAAUGAUAUAGUAGAUUGCUACGAAAAUGGUUUAUGGAAUCCUUUGCUUCACGACAUGUUAUUAGUCGAAAAUCAACUUCCCUUCUUUGUCCUUUGGGAGUUAUUUUAUAUAAUUGAGAGUAGUUGGGCUGGUCAAGAUAUGAUCUUCAUGCUAGCAAUUUAUGUGAUAUUGGAUGAUAAAGCACCAGAGCUUAAAGAUGCUGGAAUCAAAUUCAAAUUGGCCGAUGGAAACACCAAUACCAUGUUCGAUAUAUGGUUUGAAAAUGGGACUCUUCAUAUCCCUCAAAUUUGUGUAGAAGACUAUACCGAAUCUUUCCUCCGAAAUCUCAUUGCGUAUGAGCAGCUGUUCCUAGCAGACAGAGAUCUAAACCGCGCCACCGAUUAUAUGUAUUUUAUGGACUACCUUAUUGACUCUCCAAAGGAUGUAGGAAUACUUUGCCAACAUGGAAUUAUUAAGAACAUGUUAGGUGAUGACAAAGCAGUUGCCACCAUGAUUAAUGGUCUAAGUUGUGGUGUCACCUUCUCCCCCAGCUUCCAUUACACUGAAGUAUUCAACAAGAUAAACGAGCAUCGCAGUAAACGUUGGAACAGCUGGAUGGCGAACUUGAAGCACAACCAUUUUAACAGUCCAUGGGCUUUUGUUUCUUUUCUGGCCGCUGCCCUGCUCCUUCUACUUACGCUGCUGCAAACUGUCAAAAGUAAAACCAGAAGAAAAGGCUUAUGGGAGAUUGAUGAAGUUCUCUCUAUCAAAAGUAAAACCAGAAGAAAGAAAGGUGUAAAUGUCAUAGGUCGAGAUUCAAUUUUCAGGUUUGUGAGGGCGAGAAAGGGAGAAAGACAAAAGAAGGCAAUCUUGAAAGCACUGGACGAAGGGAUUAUUGCAGAUACCUCCUUGUCAGGUGAGGUUAUUCGCAACAGGGGACGAGUGCUGGCAUUAGAGGAGGCCAAAUCGACUAGGGAAAUUGGCAAAUUGGUAAGAAUGACAGCAAGUUGUGGAGACGAGGUAGUUAUUGAAAAGUUAAGAGAACUGGAUUCCGUCGGUCGGCAAAAAAUCUAUAUUUAA